AUGCAUCCACUGUGGAGCACCAGAAACUACAAUUCACCUUCUGUUUCACUGCAGGUUUGCUCAAUCGGUGUGGAGAAUGGCGCCCUUCAAAGACCCCUUCAAUGCAAGCUCAAUCACAACCACGAAGGAAGGGAUCGCCAAACUAAAAACAAUCAUUUGCCUACCACCGAUUGGUACAAAAGGAGAAACUUUGGCACCUUGGAUCCUCUGGAGCCUAUGGUUGAGCAGGAACAACAAAGUGUUCAAUUAGAGCAGCCUGAAUGCCUGGAAAACUUUGAAUCUCGCAAUCGUCCGAGCGAGGGAAUGGUUAGAAGCACAAAGAGAGAACCCAACUUUGAUCCGCCAACCCACGUUAGCAAGAUCAAUCAUCCCAGAUGCAUGCAUUCGUUGUCACACGGAUGGAGAAUGGAACGAAAAGCAGAGAGCUGGAGGAACAGGCUGGAUCUUUCACAACAACAGACUUGA